UGUUCCCCGAUAGAGGUCAGUCACGAUCGAAGAAAUGCGAAGGACGGAAUCGAAUUUAUCUCCAAAAUCCCAUUCUCAGUGACUGGCCUCCAUAGAAUUUCUGAUGAGUGACCUGAUGAUAAUCCACCCAAUGUGCAUAAAGAGCGGAAAUAUUCAUGACCUGUUCUUUGGAGAGUACAGCCGGAGCUUUGCCGAGUUUGUCAAGGCAAGCGGGGAGUACUGCAGGGCGCAACACGACAAGUAAAGCUGUAACCGAAACACGUAGGACCCAUAGGCAAUUUUCUUCUCUCUGUGUGUGAUACAGACUCAUAAAUUAUACCAACUCGGAUGGGGUAAGCCACGUCAAGCGCACAGCUCGUUGUGAAUUGUGACCGAAACGCAAACCUGGAUCAGCUGUCGGCAUCAACAACGAAACUCAACCUGAUUGAACAUAUCAAGCAGAAGCUUAGCAAGAUGAACAGCAGCAAACUGAGCGUCCGGCCAGCUCCGGCCGAGAUCGUGCACAGGAACAUGCGCUUUCUCAUCACGGACCGACCAACUGACACCAACAUCUCUCAGUAUAUGGAGCAACUGAAAGCAAAGGGCGUUAAGGAUGUCGUUCGAGUAUGUGAGCCCACCUACAAGACUGGACCGCUGGAACAGGAAGGGAUCAGAGUUAUGGACUGGUGCUUUGACGAUGGCAGCCCACCUCCAGACAAAGUUGUGGAGGAUUGGAUCCAUCUAUUAAAGUCACGCUUUAAGGAGGAGCCGGGCUGCUGUGUGGCAGUGCACUGUGUGGCCGGUCUCGGAAGGGCUCCAGUGAUGGUGGCCCUGGCACUUAUUGAAUCUGGAAUGAAGUAUGAAGAUGCUGUAGAAAUGAUUAGACAGAAGCGCCGGGGUGCUAUAAACUCAAAGCAGCUCACCUACUUGGAGAAAUACCGUCCCAAAUCCCGCCUUAAGGUCAAGAAUGGCAAAGAAGACAAGUGUGUGUUGCAAUGAAGUCUUCUAAGCUUCUAAUCAACAUUUUGCAUUUGCGGUGCUAAAUGGGUUGUGUGAGCCAAAUAGUUUGCUGGUGUGUGUGUGUGUGUGUGUGUGUGACUGGAGAACGUCAGAGAUGUAUAUGUCUCACCAGGUUUUUGGCAUACAUGUCUGCAGCAGAGAGCAAGAGAGCGAGAAGUCGAGCGGCCUGAGAACGUACUCUGAUAUGCCCGCAGGUGUUCAUUCGGGUGGUCAUUCAUUCAGCCUGUUGGUCAUCUCUUAGUCAGUAUCCGGUGGGGUAGUCUGUCCAUUGCUAGGUCAUCACAAAGACUACUUUUGCCGGGUGUCAUGAAUGCAGGUUACUUCCGACAUCACCACACGUGCAGUAUUGUGCGAUUUGACUCGGAGAGUGCAGAUCUCGUGUGGGCAGAUCUGUGAAUCUUAACAUAAAUGGACAUUUGUAACAUCAUACAUAGUAUGGCUGCGUGGCAGUUUUGUUUUCUAUGCGUCUUCAGGACCUUUCAAACAGACGUUUUCCAUAACAUGAAUUCCAGAAGUUCACCAGCUUGCACCGGUUUCCAUGUUUCUUUUCAUAUUUAAAUGCGCAAAAGCCCAGAAUAACGACAUUCAUUCAUUGUAUACAUUCUCGGUGAAUCAUUGGCUACUGUGUGUUACUACUAGAAAGUGUUGUCGUAGGCAGCAGUCCGAGAAUAGGUGUAGAUAUUUUUGUAUCAAAAAGGCAAAACACCCAUUAUAUUUAUAGCUGUUACUUGAUUUUACUGUAUUUUUCGAGGUUUGAAUCAAAUUCGAGAGCUAGGAAAAUGUAUUUUUAGGAAUUACCUCUAUACUGGUUUUUAACGGCUCGACUGUCAUGACACGUAUAUACGUGUCAUGUUUGCCACAAUGACGAUGAACUGAAAAAUUGGGAAUGUUGAGAUAUUUCAUGUUUGAUCAUUUUGCGUUUUGGCCGUGUUUCAAAAUGCCACUGCCUCUCGUAGGUCGUGCUGGCAAACGUGGAUGAAGGUCUUGUUUUUACCGGUAAACAGAACGAGAGAUUGGCUUUCAUCAUCAUUCCAUCAUUCCUUCAUCCUUCACCUCUCCUCAUUAUACCCAGCAUAUAUCAUUUAUUUUCGCAUUUUUUUCACAAUUUCUAUCCCAGCAUUUCAGCAGGUUCUUGAUGUGGAGUUGGCAAACAUGGACAGUUAAAGAGAGCCAAUGUGAGAGCAGUAUGUGCUCUGAAUACUUUGCUAGCAUACUAUGCUGAGGGGUUCUCCCAGUCAGUGUUUUGGCCUGCACUCGUUAGGAUUUCUGUAUAUGAUGUUUAAUGUUUCAUUUUGAUGUUUAGAUUAGCAACAGGGUUGGAUAGCCUGUAUUUCAAACGUUCAAUUCUAUGUUGUAAAACUAAUGCCCACAGAUACCUUACUGCUCUCAUGACAGUUCACGUUUGCAAAUUGGCAAAAAAGAAAGAAUUAUAAAUGCCUACCUAGGUGUUGGAGAAAGAAAAAAGUCGAAAAAAAUUGCCAUGGUGCCACAAUUGAUAACUUGUAUAAGUAAACGUGUUAUUGUAUGAACUCGUUUGAAACAUUCAUGAACUGCAGUUCGUUAGCAGGUUUUGCCGUCGUGGCGUCGCUACAGUAGUACUGCUCAAGACGAGAGUUUCCACUACUUGAAGUUUACACAGAGUGGCAGCUCUUUCAAUGGUCACGGUUGCGUGGCAGGAGAACGGCCAAAGCGAUUCUAGAUUUAGUUUAUGUUUCUAGGCUAGUGACACAAAGGGUAACGGUAGCCGUUAGCACAAUGGAUGCCUGUAUUUUUACACUACAUAAAUGCGUUUUCGUGCAUAAUAGUCUUCAUGGCAUUGGGGACGUGGUGACAAAUGCUGCUGCAUGCGUCAUUGGAUCAACCAGGUCUAUACUAUGGCAAUAGAAGAUUUGAGGAAGAUUUGAGAGAGAGGAAAAAUUGUUGACUGUUACUUUAUGUUUGCAUUCGAGUCUAUGAAAAAAGUGUGGUAGUGCUGACAUCUUGUCGCAAACAAAGUAAAUUAAUUGUGCCGAUGUAAAUGUAACAUGUGUGCGGAAUGUUUUGUGUGCUGUCACCUACCAUCCCCGCCAGAAUGCCAACCUGAGCCUACUCUGUAUGGCACUUCAAGUCUGCAGUGUAAACAAUAAUGAAGGAAGGGAAUGUCUCUAGUGUGCUGGACGACAUUAAUCGUAGGUAGGGAAAGCGUUAGGGUCCCAAUGUCCGCACCAGUAUUACUUAUGCCAGAAUCAAUUAUCCUCACCACGAGUUGACAUGCAAAACAAUGCCCUUGCCAAACAACACUAGGGCCACCGUUAUUGGCUGUGAUGAGACACUAUAGGUAAUUAUUUUAGCGUGUUUUCGUGUUUCAGUCCGUUGAUAAAUGUGUGGUUUGAUGUCUUUCAUAGCUGCACGGGGCCCGGGUAGUUAUUAAGGAAGGCUCGGAAGAUAAGGAAGUACACUUUCACGUGUCGUUCGCUCUACCAUAUCUCCUGUGCUGUGAAGGUGGACGGCUUCCGUCUUGCAGCAGCAGUAAUAAUUAUUGCAGAGACAGUAUAAGCGCUUGACGUUGCCUCUAUCUGACUGUUGUAACUUUGCUAGCUGGUAUAAAUGGUAAAUAUGUUGUUAAAUCCAGGUGGCACUAUUUGCACUGUCCUUUAAAAUGUUCGAUAUCGUGACUGAGUAGGUAAGGAUGAAUAAGGUUUCCCUGUGAUUUAAGUGCACUCGUUGUUAGCAAUAUAAGUUGUACGUAGUAAGUGAGAGAAGAGGAAAAACGAGACAUGGCAUGAGUGGGUUGACUAAUAUGGACCAUUGGUGUGAUUUAUAUCCGUUGCUUGGUUCUUUCGGAAAGUUUCGAAUACUAACAAAAUGAUUCAGUCGUAAUCGAACUCUGUGAAGUCGCACACUUCUGCGGUUAGUAUUGUGUGAGGUAAAUGGAACGUUAGUAUAAAUGGAUGCUGUUUGUAAAACGCACCCUGCACGUGUUGCGCCCCCAUGUAUGUUCUGUUUCGUUUUUCGUUGUCCGAAGUUGGAAUUUAAGUGAAAGGUGGCAAUUGAGCAGUGAGCACAUAAACGGAUGCAAUUGACUUGCACAGUAAUAUAAUCCUUUCUGCGUUUAAAUGGAGGCAAUACUGUUGUAAUGCGUCCCCGGCUUGCAGUAGUGCCAUUCUCACUAGCCAUUGUUAGCUUCUAUACCAAGGGCUGGAUUCGCACAGCUACCGACCUGCGUUUUGGCCUUAUAAUAUUAUUAAAGCAUGCCACAGAGCAGCAGGCUAAUAUUAUGCGUCAUGGGUGCGUGUUUGAAUACACGUUUUUUUUCGGGAUGGGUAAUCCAAAAAUUGUACUCUCUACUAGAAUAAUCAGCACGAAAAUAUUCCAUUCACAUUCGUGUAAAUUUACGCGGGCCAAUAGCUCGUGCCGCCAGAAUGUGGUUUGCGAGGUUGUUAGAGAUUGUGAGAAUUUCUCGCACUCGUUGAAUCAGUAAAAAUGCUACUAAUUAUAGCAAAUUUAUUCAGUAUUAACCUGCCCUUGAUGUUCCUGACCAAACCCAGAUGUGUAUUUUUUUAAAGAAGAGAAGCAGCAAUUUUCUGUAGUGCACUCAUUGUAUAACAAAUCUAGUGUCUACCAAUUAGUCAGUGUUUACCUUUUAUACGAACGUACACGUAUAUGAGGCUGUAGUACAUCCGUGAAGGAGCAACUUAGGAAACCUGGACAAUAUUGUAGUGCGCAAGCAUCCAACAUGAUAUUCAAUUUUGAUGUUACUGGUAAUGAUCCCUCUACAAUGAAUUGCUAAGCAAGCCAGAGACGUAAUUUAAACAAUUUAAAAUGUGUAAAAUAAAAUAAAACAACGGUAACUUAUGUAAAAUUAUGUUUUUGUCUGUA